AUGAUAGAACGAGGAUUGAUCCCCCCAACAGCAAAGAUUACCUUCAAGAAUCCACCCAUUAGGCCCAAAGCAGCUCCUCUGCACAGUUUUGAUGAAUCGCAUAAGAUUCCAAUCUCCGCCCCCUUCUCUGAACCUCAGAAACCACCGCCGGCUCCAGCAGAAGUAGAGGUGUCUCACAAGAAACAAAAAUUAAAGGCAAAAGGCAGAAGGUCAAAAGGACAUCUUGAUAAGAAGGGCAUGAAAGUCACCCCACCUUCUAAAGGUCAGAAAUUACCAUGGGAUUAUGACCUUUGUAUUUAUGAUGGCUUCAUAGACAAGACAGCCCCAGACUUCAUAGCAUUCAAAGAGCAUUUUAACUCAGCUUGGGGGAGUAUUUUUUCUCUCUUGGAACAUAUCGAGAAGUUUCUCAGGGACUAUGCAAUACCAGAAGUCAAAAUCAAAGGGAAGAACUUGCUGGCCCUCCUUCCAGAGUUUGAGCUGAAUAAUAAACUUACCCGAUACAACCUGCUCUCACUGCUGGAGAACCCAGUUCACGUCCAAAUGCUGUUAAAUCGCCCAGGACAGAGGUUCAAGGGCCAAGGUGGGAAGGCAGAAGCCGCCGUCAAGAUCCAAGCUACAUGGAAAUGCUACAAAGCAAGAAAAUACUUCCUUGUUUACCGUCAGCAGAAGUGGGCGUCGGGUGUGAUCGCCCUUGCUUGGCUUUUACGUUGCCAUAAGACCCGAGUGAAGAAGAUCCUGAAGGAAUCGCGGCAGAGACACCUGGAGAAUUUCCGAAUGCGAGCCAAGCAUCUGGCAGCCAACUGGAAUCGCAUCAGGACCUCCAGGAGGACGAUUAUCCAUAUCCCAUCAUUAGGGUAUUCCCAGCAGGCUCGAGAAGGUGUCACCGACCUCAACAUACAGCAGAACAGGCAACUGGGGCGGCUGUGUGACAUCAUAGAUGUCAAUGUGAAUGUCAUCUACAUCUGCUCCCAUCAUAUGAACGACGAGUUAGUGCUGUAUUACAAUAAAAUUCUGAGUCUACAUGCAGCUGUCAAAUCAGGGAACCUUGAGGACAGAAGUGACCUGCAGGACAGGUUCAAAAUUAUCACCCCUGAAGCUGUAAACUUCUUCCCUAAGCAUCACAUGUGCUUGGCCACUCACCUGAUGUACAGUCCCAAGGCAAUCAAAAGAAUAAAGCACCUCAUCCAGGGAAGAGAGGCCUACAUCGUGGGCGGGUUCCUCCACAGAGAUGACUUGGCCGUGGCUGACAUGUUAGAUGUGCCCAUCUUGGGCACAGAGCCUGAGCUCGUCCACCUUUACAGCACCAAGUCCGGAAGUAAACGGAUCUUUGACAAAGCCAACGUGCCUGUCCCUCCUGGGAUAUACACCCUCUUUAAUUUUCAACAGAUGAUAGAACAGCUGAGCCAGCUGGUGACGGACCACCUGAAAAUUCAACGCUGGCUCUUUAAAAUGGACUCAGAGUUUGGAGGAAAUGGGAUGGCAUUUUGUGACAUUCCUUCCCAUCUAAAUUGCUACAAGUGGGUGUUAAAGGAGAGUAACAGAUACGGCUCUGAAGACUGGAACAAGAAGUGGGCACAGGAGCCAGCUUUGGUGAAGAUCUCUGAGGAGCUGGCGGGCAUUUUAGCACAGCACGCACAGCCAGUCAAUGAGAAACGGUUCCCGACGUGGAGGAAAUUCCUCCAAACAUUUCUCAGUCAAGGGGGCGUGAUCGAGGCCUUCCCACCUGCAGAUAGCAUCACCAACCUGACGGUGGACAUGCUGAUAGAGCCCAAUGGAGAAAUUAGGUUGCUGUCAACGGGAGACCAGCUCCAUGCCGAAAGCCCCUUCAUCUCCUCUGGGACUACCAUGCCUCAGACCUCCGUGGAUCCCCAAGUUCUCAGUUCUUUGUGUCUCCAAAUUGGAGAGGCCUGCAAGACGCGAAAUGUGAUUGGUCACUUUUCUGUAGAUCUGGUGACUUUUAUUGAUCCAACCACCUUGGAACAACAGGCCUUGUGUUGGUUUUACAUUCUGCACUCAGGCCCACGUGUUGAUAGGGGAAAGGACAGACUGAAGGGCCCUCGGAAACCCACCUGGGGCGAGGGAGGACAUGGACCUCGCAGGAAAGCAGGCAGAGGAGAGGCAGGGAGGCUGCCCUCCCACACGAACGAGGAAGAAUGAACUUGGUGGCUCCUAGCGUAGCAGGGAAAAUGAGCUAUAGCGACUGGUGACUUGUUGAUUUGAGUGUGACACAGGGAGACCUGCACACAGCAAUGAGAAGGAUCUGCUCCACCCUGAGUCCUAGUCCUUCCCUGACCAACCACCCGUUGGGACUUCUGGGAGAAAGUUCCCUCCCUUCCCUGGGCUGGCCCUGUGUUCCUGGCCAGCCUGUCCCACCCUAACUCCCCCUACGUCCCUCUCAUUCUCUCCUGUUCAUCAUAUGCCCUCUUCCACAGGGCCUUGACACGUGCUGUCCUUCUGUCUGAAAUGUUCUUGCCUCUUCAUGAUCUAAUUAGCUUGCAUUCCCAUCCGUGGUAUUCCAGCUCAGAGAUGCCUUUCCUCACUCCCUGACAGAGUCAACCCUCUGCUAUGGGCUCUCAGACCAUCGUGCACCCCUUUCGUAUCCCUUAUCUCGGUUGCAAUUUCAAACUCGUGUACAGGAUUAUCUGGUUACUAUCCAUCUCCCUUUGUAGUUGGUAAACUUUCCUGAGGCAGUUACUACGAUGUCUCCAUAAAAUGCUUAGCACUUACCUCUACUGUGGAGCAAAGUAGAUGAUGAAUAAAUGUUUGUUGAAUGAAUGAGUGAACAAAGGAGGUGUUCUAGCAGCUGCGGGAUAGGAUUGCUGCAGGUUGGUUUUGGGUGGAUGAAUGGGAUGGGAAAUAUUAACCCAAGGUUCUCUGAUUUCAUCAUACCAUGACCUCUUCUUGCCCCUGCCCAUUAAUACUUGAACACGUGAUCAUUUGUGUUACUAUUAUCCAUAGAAAAUGGGGAGAAGUGCCCAGUGGCCACUCCAAAGGGUGUUUCUACAUCAGCAAGGAAAGUAUGCUUAUUCUCUGUGUAUGAUAGAUUACUUGCAAGUCAUAGGCAUUCUCUAACCAUUUUACAAGUGACAUCACCCCAGAAAGCACCUUAAUUUCUUUUCCAACUGGGUUGCCUUGUGCUGCCUGAGAAGAGAGCGGCCCAUUAUCAGCCUCUCACUGUUGCCUGUUUAACAGAUCUUUGAAAAAAUGUUACCUUAUUUUACUCAGCUUUUCUUCCAUUACUUAUUACUGAUGAUGCACCUCUUUUCAUGUUCGUUGGACUUUUUACCUGUUUUAUUGCCUGAUUGCUUUUGCCCCUUUUCAACUGGAUGAUAAUGCAAAGGUUGAUUUAUGGAAUCAAUAUGCAUACACAUAUGUCCAUAUAUCCAAUAUACAUGGAAGCUUAUUGUAUAUAAAGCUACACGUUGCACAUUGUCAUCCGAGUGGCCACUCUUUGUCUCUGUCUCUGUCCCCACCACACACCUGUCUGCCAUGUUUUUCCAAAAUAAAAUCACUCUUUAUUCCCUUG